ACCUGAUGUGAUGGUUCUAUCAGGGUCUGAACCAUCUGAUGAUGAGUUUUCAUCAGACGGUGUUGAAAACAAUGAUCAAGAUGGGACACUGGUAGGGAAUAAACCGCAUAAUCCGAUAGAUUUUUCUGGUGUAAGCAAUUUAUCAAUGGAGGGCAACGAACAAAGUAACGAGACAAAUGAAUUGUCUGAUCAUAGAUAUACUCCAGAGGUUUAUUAUGAAAAGACCAUCACAGCUUCGGAUCUGGGUCAAUCUAGACUGUAUUUGGCUUCGAAAUUUGCUGCAUAUCUUAAACUAUCUGGAGAUGGUUCGAUUUGGACGAUCACUGGCCCACGUUCCAAUGUAGAGAAGAAUCCAAUGUAGAGAAGAAUGUGUUCUUUUUUCACUUACUGAAAAGUGGAGGAAGAGGUGGAGAAUGGAAGUUUGGGGUCGGGUGGAAUGAAUGUUGUAGACUAUACAAUUUAAAG